AUGUUUCUUGAGACAAAUCAUAUUAAUAUUCUUUUGUCAUUUGUACGUUCAAUAUCAAAAUCAAAUGAUCCUGAUCAAUUAUUAUCACAUAAUAAACGUUCUUCAUUGUUACUUAAUGUAUUAUUAAAACAAAUUCGUGAUCGUAUUGAAUCGGAUCAUAAACUUUUAAUUGAUCAACGUUUAGAAAAUAAUAUUAUUGCUUUAGCUUAUUUAGCUGUUGAACUUAAUGAUAGAUGCAAAAUUCGUAAAGAUAUUAUUAAAGUUUUACUUGAUUUUUAUCAAAAAAUACCAACAGCAAGAUAUUAUGAAAUAGCUUCAUAUAAUUAUAAAUAUGCAUUACCUCCAGCAGAAGUAUUUAGUUUUUGUCUUCAUACAGCUUUAACAGAACUUGCAUCAACAUCAGAUGAUACAAAAACAAGAGAUAAUAUUAUGCUUCUUAUUGCGGAUAUUAUUCGAAAGAUUGUUGAAAGUUUACGUAAAGCUGCUCAUAGUCAUGCAAAAGAGAGAUAUCAAUCGAUCUAUCGAUAUGAAGUACCAUUUUUAUUUGGAGCAUUACGAUCAAUUGGAAGAAUAUCUAUAACCGAGCAAAGUUUAAUAUCUCAAUUAUUUUCAAUAAAUUUUAAUUCAUCAACACAAUCGAUUUAUAUUGAACAAAAACAAUUAACAAAUAAAUCAUUAACUAAUAUUAAAAAUAGUACAAUUACAUUUCGUCCAAUUAUAUCAAAAGUUUUAUCAAGAAGUGUUCUUUCAACAACUAAUGAUAGUAUGCCACAACUUUUAUAUUUAAAUACAAAUAAUUCAAUAUAUAAUGGAGAUCAACAUGAUUAUUCAUCAACAAUUCGAUCUCUUUCCUCAGUAGAAGAUAGUGAUUCGUGCACAUGGAAAGAUGAUCUUCGAAUGAAUUCUUUAUUUUUUUCUGUCUCUGGUUCUACUUAUCAUCAUCGUCGAAGAUCUUCAUCAUUAUCAAAUGUAAUCUCUUCACGUUUUCGUAUUUGUGUUACUCCUUCUAUGUUAGAACAUGUACAUGAGACAUUUCAAUUAAUCGAUAAUCGUGUUGUUAGAUUUUUGGAUAAAGCAGCCAGUGCUGAAUAUGAUUCAAUUCAUCGACACAAUCCCUCUCAAUCUUAUUCAAAACGUUAUUUUCCUUAUGCAUAUUUUGGUGAUGUUCUCAUUUUAUGUAUUAUUAAAUUCUUUCGUGAUAAUCUUGAAUUACUUAGUAAAUCUACUGAACGAUUUGUGUCAGUUACAAAAGCCACUUAUUUAUUUGUUCAACAAUUAAUAACAAUUAAAUUAUUGGAUUUAGAUAAUGACGAAUAUGGAAAAGAUUCUCAUCGUUAUCGAACACGUGUAGAUGCUAAUGCAGCAGCAUUAGAACUACUCUGUUUAUCAUGUGAUGAUGAAAACGAAGCCGAAAAAUUAUGUACAAAAUGUGCAGAAAAAUUCAGUCAAGAAUCAAUAAGUAUCAAAUUAUUAGCUGCUCAAAUGCCAUUAUUAAUCACAUCGUUAGAAAUAUUAAGUCGAUUAGCAGAUAAAUAUCAAACAUUAGCAACAUAUGCUAUUCGAGUGUUAUGUGAUUUUUUAACUGAACCUUCACCAUUACUUUUUAAAUUAUAUCGACAUACAAGUCAAAAACUUGAUGAAGAAGAACAGAAUUCAUUUAUGAAUGAUGAUGUUAAAAGUUCAAAAGAAUAUCGAGCAUUUCAAAUAUUUGAAAAAUUACGAGAUUCAGCUAUUGAAGGAAUAUGCAAAUCAUUAUGUAUUCGUUUAAAUUCGGAUCCAAAAUGUGUUGAAGCUUUACUUACACAACUUUCUGCAAGACUUGCUUCAGGACAUAUUAAUGAUAAUUCACAUUGGAUGUUUAAUAUUGUACUGCUUGAUGCAGCACCACUUAAACAUCGUACAUCAAUACGACAAGAUAUUGAUAAAGAAAAAUAUGAAAAUUUAUUACAAACAUCAUUAGUUUCUCAUAAUACUAUUCUUACAUUGGGUCAUAUGGCUAUAGCUUUAAAAGAUGUUCAACAUACUCAACCAUUAAUUUUAGCUCGUUUUCAACAACGUCUUGGUGAUCCACCAUCACCACUUGAUAUUCUUAUUAUUAAUCAAAUUGGUUGUAUGCUUAUUUCUAGUCUUCCACAAGCAACUUACGAAGAAAUUAUUAGAUUAUUUACUGAGAUAAUUAUCAAUUCUACUUUUCCAACUAAUGAUAAUACAAAUCAAUCAACAACUUCAAGUCGACAGCCAAUAAAAUACAAACAAACAUCAAAUGCUGUAAUCAAUGUAUUAGCAAAUGUUGCUGCUAAUAUUCAAGGAACAAUAGAAUUAAUGAAUCUCUUAACUAGUAUUCUAGAAUUAUUUGUUCAACUUGGUUUACGUGCAAAAGAUGCAAGUGAAAAAUCAACUAAAAAUGCUUUAAAAGUUUCAAAUACAGCUGGUAGUCUUGGUGUAUUAAUACCAAUUAUUGCUGUUGUUAUGCAACGUAUUACUGUGAUAAAUGAUCCGUCCGAACGUGUUUUUCGUUUAUUUCAACGUUUUUGGUUUUAUUGUGUUUUAUAUGGAUUUGCUGAUCCAGAAGGAGGUUUAUGGCCAACAGAAUGGCAUGAUUGUGUUCGAUUAAUUGCAACAAAAUCUCCAACAUUAGUUUCUCAAAGUGUAUCCUAUGUACCAUUGAAAGCUGCAAUGCCAUUGAAACCAGAACAAGUUACUAAAGAAGAUAAUAGUGCAUUAAAGUCAAAAUUAAAUACUAUAUUUUCUAGUUAUCUUAAUGCUAAAGCAUUUAUUGAUAGAUUUGGUUUUGAACAAAGUGCUUAUACACUUUCAGUUUAUUAUCUUGAAACAUAUCGAGUUCGUCAUUCACUUGUUCCAUCGGCAUUUCAAUGUAUAUUUUCUUAUCUCGAAGAUCCAGGUUUAAUUAGAGAUAAAUACGGUUUAUGGACAUUGAUGGCAGCUGUAGGAAGAAAAUGUUUUGAUAUCUAUGUUGAUGAAAUGAAAAACAUGCCAAAAGGUCCUAAACGAAAUAAAAAUCUUGAAGUUCAAUGUCAAUUUUUUAUGGUUAAACGAACACAUGUUCGUACAGAAGUACGUGAAGAAGCUAAAUGUUAUCUUCAUUCAUUAUUAUCACAAAAUGCUUUUCCAAAUUUAUUUUGUAAUCCAGUUAUAAUUGAAACUUUAAUGAAUAUUAUUAAUAUUCUAUCAUAUUCAUUAAGUGAAGAUAAUUUACAUAAAGUUAUUGCACAUCAUCGUGUACCAGAUACAAAUUAUACUAUUCAAUUUAUUGAUACUCAUGAAAAAAGAUUGGAACUUUUCAAUGCAUUUGUUGAUUUUGGUCGCAUGUUCACCGAACAAGCUUUAAUGAUAUCACAGACAUUAGUUAAAUCAUGUAUUCAACAAUAUAUGUUUAAACUUGAACAAGGAAAAAGAAAUUCUGAUGCUGUUCGUCAACAUAAAGGUUUACAUGUUAUGUGGGAAUAUUUAAGUACAUAUUCAAAAACAGUUGAUGCUAAUUCAGGAUCUGGUGGAAGUAAAUUAUAUUAUCGAACAGAUUUUGCUGAUUAUAUGAUAUCAUUAAGUGAACGAAAUGCAGCUGUUGGAUUUGUUGAAGGACUUGUUCGUAAUGAUUAUCGAACAGCAUUAAAACAAGUAAAAGAUGAUAUGGAACAUGCAAUUCAUAAUCGAAUGAGUUCACUUGAUAAAUUUAAAUCAUUACAACAACGUCGUCGUCGAAUGUCUAUUGUUGCACCUGUUAAUGAUAAAGGUAUUGCAUUAGAUUUUGAAGAACGUAUUGCUAUUUUUGAUAGUGAUUUUCGUAAUGCACUUUUUAAAUUAACAGCUAUGUUAAUUCAUAAUAUAGAUCAUAUGGAUGAUAAUGAAAAUGAAAUGACAUUUACAACAAUGAAUACUAGACCUUAUGGAAAUGAUACACCAAAAGAAAAUGUUCUUGAUCGAGAUAUGGUUCAUUCAUUAACAUGGUUACCAGUUAAAAUGUUUACAACAUCUGUAAUGGAAGCUGCUGUAGAUUGUUGGUCUUGGGCAAUAGUUGGUCGACCUGAACUUGAAUUAUUAAUUGUUGAAGAAAUAUAUAAAGUUUGGGAGAAAGUUAUUAGUGAUCGUCAAGGUUUAUAUUCAAUUGAUAAACCAGAACCAUCUCCACUUGCACCAUCAGAAAAAGAAGAAUUAAAACCAAGACCACCAUCUGUUAAUCCACAUCGACUAUUUUUUAAAUUUAUUGAAGAACGUGUUUAUUUAUGUAUGCAUAAAGCUGAUAUUGAAAUGGAAAUGCUUGUUGAUUUAUUACAUAAAUCACUUUCAUUAAUAUUAGAAAAUCCUCGAGCACCAAUGACAAAACAUAUUAGUGCUGUUGGUCUUCGUUUUCGAAUUUUAUAUCUUGCACUUUAUCUUGUACAAAGUGAUUAUUUAGCUAAUGGUAUAAGUAAAUAUUUACUUCGAGAAAAAGUUUAUCAUACAGCAUUUGAUUAUUUUACUGUUCGUCAUCAUUGUCCAACUCAAUCACAAAAUGAAUUACGAAAUGAUAUUCGUAGAUUAAUUCGAUUUUUUUCAUUAGUUCAUGGUGAAAAAAAAUUUUGUAAUGAUACAAACAUAACAGGUUAUUUUUAUUAUUCAUCAUUAAGAGUUCUAAGUUUUUUUUGUCUUUAUUUAGCUGAUAUAGAUAAUGUAAUAACAAAUGGAAACUAUAUUUAUGAUAGAAGUGAUAGUUCAUCAAGAACUGGAGCACCAACAGGAUGGAUUAAUUCAUUAGCUGGUGGUGGUGGAGUUGUUGCUGGUGUUGGUGGACAAUCGACACUCAGUCGAAAAUCUGCUGGAUCAGCAAAAUAUACUGAUAAAACUCAGGGUACACGACUAUUAUCUCGAGAUUUACUUAAAAAACGUAAUCUACUUCUUACAUUACUUGCUUAUGAAAUUGAACGUUUGGAAACAUUUCAUAAUCCAUUAGGACGUGCUGAUCUACAAAUUGAUCAAAAUAUACAAUCAACAUAUAGAAAUUGGAAAUUAUAUGAUAUGAAUGGUUUUUCAAAUAAAACAUGGCGAGAAUAUGGACGUUUAGCUUGGUCUAUUUCAACUGAUUUAGCUAUUAGUUUUUAUUAUGCUAUUCCAAAAGAUUCCUUACGUAGUGAAAUUCAACAACUUGUAAAAUCUAAUCCAUUACAAGUUCGACAUAUUCCUGAUGCUUUAAGUAUUUUUACAGUUACAUCAGAAAAUGAUCGUCAAUGUGAAACAUCUAUUAUUCUUACUUGGGCAUCGAUUGAUCCUGUUACUGCACUUUCUUAUUUUGCUAGUGCAAGACUUAAUCAAGUAGCUAAUUCAUAUACUAUACAAUUUGCAUCACGUAUACUUUGUAUAACAAAAUCUGAAGCACUUAUUUUAUAUAUUCCUCAAUUGGUACAAGCUGUUCGUUAUGAUGAAAUGGGUUUUGUACGUCGUCUAAUCUUAGCAUUAUCAGAAAAAUCAAAUUUAUUAGCACAUCAACUUAUUUGGAAUAUACGAACAAAUACAUAUAAAAAUGAAACAACACCAGAUGAUGAAAUGAAAAAAAAACUUGAACCCAUAGCUCAACAAAUUGAAAUUAAUUUUACAUCUGAUGCAAAAAAAUUUUAUGAACGUGUUUUUACAUAUUCAGAUAAACUAACUAAAGUAUCAGAAAUAAUUAAACCAUAUCCAAAGGGAAAUGAUCGUAAACAAGCUUGUGCAAAGGCUUUACGUGAAAUCGGUUCUGAAGUACCAACUGGUGUUUAUCUUCCAUCAAAUCCAGAAGCAAUUUUAAUAUCAUUAGACCUAAAAAGUGGAGCACCAAUGCAAAGUGCUGCUAAAGCACCAUAUCGAGCAACAUUUCGUGUUCAAACUGUUGGUAUUGAACAAGUUGAACGUUGUGCUGAUCCUGAUUAUGAAUUUAUGCAUGAUUUUAGUACUGAAUAUUCACAAAUGGCUAUAUUUAAAGUUGGUGAUGAUGUUCGACAAGAUAUAUUAGCUUUACAAUUAAUGCGUUUAUUUCAUAAUAUAUUUGAACAAGAAGGAUUAGAAUUAUAUUUAUAUACAUAUCGAGUUAUAGCAACAAGUCCUGGAUGUGGUGUUAUUGAAUGUGUUCCAAAUUCUCGUUCACGUGAAGAUAUUGGUAGAAAUACAGAAGCUGGUCUAUUUGAUUAUUUUCGUCAUGUUUAUGGCAAAGAAGAUUCAAUUAAAUUUCAAAAAGCACGUCGAAAUUUUGUAAUAAGUAUGGCUGCUUAUUCAGUAGCACUGUUUUUAUUACAAAUCAAAGAUCGUCAUAAUGGAAAUAUUAUGCUCGAUGAUGAAGGACAUAUUAUUCAUAUUGAUUUUGGUUUUAUGUUUGAAUCAUCACCUGGUGGAAAUAUGAGAUUUGAACCAGAUAUUAAAUUAACUGCUGAAAUGAUUCUUAUUAUGGGUGAUUUAACAGCUCCAGCAUUUUUAUGGUUCAAAGAAUUAUGUAUUAAAGGUUAUUUAGCAUUGAGACCUUAUCGUCAACAUUUUAUAACACUUGUUGCAUUAAUGUUAGAUACUGAAUUGCCAUGUUUUCGUGGUCAUACAUUAGAACAAUUUAAUGCUCGUCUUAAACCUGAUUCAAGUGAAACUGAAGCAGCUCGUUAUAUGCAUGAAGUUAUUAAUCGUUGUGCACACAGUUUAAGAACACGUAUUUAUGAUUAUAUUCAAUUUCAACAAAACAAAAUUCCUUAUUGA